AUUUGCGAAAAUGGCGACGAGUGCUCGGUGCUGCUGGAAAGGGCCACAGUCGAGCUAGCCUGGGCUCGGAUAUGACUCAUGUUUAUUCCCUGCGGGUGUAUUUUCUGCUCGUCAAUUGCACGGGUUUCGGACGAUCCUGCGGCAUUGGACAUCUCGUCGGUGUUUUCGCUGAUUUUCCAUCUUUUACUUGUGAACUUCUGAACGGGAUCAUCUGGACUACUCAUCGUCCGUUGUCAUUGGAGGAGGAGGGGCUGAAGAGCUUGGAGGGUAUCCAGGCCAAUCAAAUUUUCCCAAAGAAAUCCCCUGUCCUGGAAGAAGAAAACAUGCAGGUGCCCUUUCCUGAGCUGCACGGGGAGUUUACGGAGUAUGUGGGGAGGGCAGAGGAUGCCAUCAUUGCAAUGUCUAACUACCGCCUGCACAUCAAGUUCAAACAGUCUGUCGUCAACGUGCCUCUGCAGCUUAUUGAGAGUGUGGAGUGUCGUGAUAUGUUCCAGCUGCAUGUCACCUGUAAAGACUGUAAAGUUGUCAGGUGUCAGUUCUCCACAUUUGAGCAAUGUCAGGAAUGGCUGAAGCGUCUCAACGCCGUAGUGCGACCCCCCUCUCGCUUGGAGGAUCUCUUCUCCUUCGCGUUCCAUGCCUGGUGCAUGGAUGUGUACGCUGGUGAAAAGGAGCAGCAUGGAGAGCUUUGCAGACCAGGGGAACAUGUGACCUCUUGUUUCAAGAAUGAGGUGGAGAGGAUGGGCUUUGACACGCAAAAUGCUUGGAGGAUAUCUGACAUCAACAGCAAGUUUAGGCUUUGCCCCAGCUAUCCCCAGCAGCUUCUCGUACCAGCCUGGAUUACUGACAAGGAGCUGGAAAAUGUGGCAGCGUUCCGUUCCUGGAAGAGGUUUCCUGCAGUGGUAUAUAGGCACCUGAGCACAGGGGCUGUGAUCGCCCGUUGCAGCCAGCCAGAGGUCAGCUGGUGGGGCUGGAGGAAUGCUGAUGACGAGCACCUGGUUCAGUCGAUUGCCAAGGCCUGUGCAGUGGACGGCAGUUCUCACAAACACCUGUCCAAUGGAACUUACAUUAAUGGCUCCGAACUGCCUGAUACUGAUUUUGAGUCCUCAAUGACCAACAGCUCAGAGGUGGAGACAUUAGCCAUCCAACCUCACAAGUUACUGAUUUUGGAUGCAAGGUCUUACACAGCUGCUGUAGCCAACAGAGCAAAGGGGGGAGGCUGUGAAUGUCCUGAGUACUAUCCUAACUGUGAGGUGGUGUUCAUGGGCAUGGCGAACAUCCACUCCAUACGCAAGAGUUUCCAGUCCUUACGUUUCCUCUGCACCCAGAUGCCGGAUCCAGCCAACUGGCUGUCUGCACUGGAAAGCACCAAGUGGUUGCAGCACCUGUCUCUGCUGCUGAAGGCGGCCCUGCUGGUGGUCAAUGCAGUAGACCGGGACCAAAGGCCUGUUUUGGUGCAUUGCUCUGACGGCUGGGACCGAACACCUCAGAUUGUUGCUCUGUCUAAGCUGCUGCUUGACCCGUAUUAUCGCACCAUAGAGGGCUUCCAAGUGUUGGUUGAGAUGGACUGGUUGGAUUUCGGGCACAAGUUUGCAGACCGAUGUGGCCAUGGAGAAAACUCUGAGGAUGUGAAUGAGCGCUGUCCUGUCUUUCUGCAAUGGCUAGACUGUGUUCACCAACUGCAGAGGCAGUUUCCUUGCUCCUUUGAGUUUAACGAGGCCUUCUUGGUGAAGCUAGUGCAACAUGCAUAUUCCUGUCUUUUCGGCACCUUCCUGUGCAAUAGCGGCAAAGAGCGGGAAGAUCGACAUGUUCAAGAGAGGACCUGCUCAGUCUGGUCCCUGCUGAGACCGGCCAACCGCACACUGAGGAACAUGCUGUACUCUUCACACUCCGAGACUGUUCUCCAUCCAGUGUGUCAUGUCCGCAAUCUAAUGGUGUGGACCGCUGUCUACCUGCCUAGCUCCUCCCCCACAACCCCUUCUGAUGAUUCCUGUGCUCCAUAUCCUUUGCCGAGCUGCAACCCCGAUGAGACACCUCUGAGCAGAUGUACAAAGACUCGUUCAUUUGAUAAUUUGCCCAGUGCUUGUGAGCUGGGAAGCUCACUGGCUCCUAACCGCCGCUCCAGUGACCCGAGCCUCAAUGAGAAGUGGCAGGACCACCGGCGUUCUCUGGACCUCAACAUGGCGGUUGGGCCAGAUGAAGGAGGGGACGAGGAUCACCAGGUGCAGUGUAAUGGAUUGGGCCUUUACCCGAACAGAGUGGACUCUGAGCUGGAUGACAGCCCGCAUCCCAACUCACACGCAGAGUUGGCAGAGGUACCCUCCAUGCACUUUGUGACAACUAGAGAGGAAGCCGAUGAGGCGGAACUGUCUGUGGCAGUAGGUGUGGCCGAAAGCCAGAUGGAAAACAUUCUUCAAGAAGCUACCAAGGAGUACAUGGCAACAGAUGCUCAGAAAGUUAGAAGUGCUGGUGUCACACACGUCGUUACAGCUGCUGUGGAGGAGGAAGCGGUAUCAAGAAUUGAUGAUGAUGAUGAUGAUGAUAAUGAUGAUGAUCAGUCUGUCAGCAAGAAAGCGAUGAAAGAAAUGCUUGCAAAUGGUUGCCAUUCGGAAAAUGGUUAUGUAGAUGCUGAAGCGCAAAGUGAUGUUCUUGCUAUGCCCGCACAGACAGUAGAAAACUUAGAACAUCUGAAAGAUGAGGAAGCCCAAAUACCCAAGCAUGUGAAGGAGAUUCUGGAGAAGUGUUCCGAACAGCUGGCACAUACUCAUGAAAAGUUUGAGUCAUGUGCAGACGAGCCAAAGCUGCCUGCAACUCCAAGAACUCUCACAAACGGCUUUACUCACCAAUCACCCGAGGAAACUGAUGCAGAUGAGGAGACUUGCUCUGCUUGUGACCCUAACAGAGGUUUGUCAGAGUCAGGGGAACAGGCACAAAAGAGGGUCUCCAUGAUGGAAAGCUCCACAGAGACUCUGACAGAGGAGGUGUGCUGCAGGCUUGAACUCCCUGCACAACCUCCUGUCUGUCAGAGCCAUCAGGACUGCAACAAUGGCAAGGGCCACCCACCUUCCUUGAGGAAGGACAAAGUGCUGGAGAGUGACGAUCACAGCUUUAUUAGAACUUUCAAUGGGGGCAGCAAGCGACCCUCUGUCAGUGCCUUUCAGUAUGCAAGUGGUGACCUCACCCGCGACGGACUGUGUAACAGUGAUAGUUCCGAAGGAGAACCCUGCGGAGGACCUCACUGGGUCAAAGCAAAUGGCGAGCGGGCCCCGCUGAGCCGUCAAGUUUCCCUAGCAAGCUGCAAUUCUUUGAUUCUCCAUCAUCGAGGUAGCUGCUCCCAUCAACGUUGGUGCCACGCCCAACUGAACCGGGCUACCAUCAGCCCUGAGCAGCCGUCGCGCAGCCACCUGGACGACGACGGGCUGAUGCUGCACACAGAUGCCAUCCAGCAAAGGCUGAGGCAGAUUGAAGCUGGCCACCAAAUGGAGGUGGAGACACUGAAGAAACAGGUGCAGGAACUGUGGAGUCGCCUGGAAAAUCAGCAGCGCGCUGGCUCCCAUCGGGUCAAUGGAAACGGGGAAGAUGAAGUGACCUUGAUGACCAGUUCGGAAUACAACGUGGACCCCAACUGUCUGUCACGCUGCAGCACAGAGCUCUUCUGCGAAGCCAGCUGGGAGCAGGUGGACAAGCAGGACACAGAGGUCACCCGCUGGUACCCUGAUCAUCUGGCUGCUCAGUGUUACGGCUGCGAGAGCAGGUUCUGGCUCGCCACCAGGAAGCAUCACUGCAGUGUCAGGGAGCCUGUCCAGGAGGUCUGGAACUGCGGUAAUGUCUUCUGCGCCAGCUGCUGCGACCAGAAGAUCCCGGUGCCGAGCCAGCAGCUGUUUGAACCCAGCCGCGUGUGUAAGAGCUGCUACGGCAGCCUCCGGCUUGGCCCAUCACCCCUGGACAAACCCAUCACAGCCAGCUCCAACUGAGCCUUGGCGAGACAGAAGCCGGUCGGAACGGGGGGCACACAACAAUCACAAGAACUCCACAGGAUGUCCCAUCGACUGUAUGUGUGUGUGUUGGUGCUGUAGACGUGGACUACAUUGUGUCUAUACCGUGGCACGUUUGCGUGGCGCUCUUAUGGGGUGAAUUGAAGGAAGUCCCUUAUUGGCCACUCGGUGGCGCUUGCGAGAGGGCUGUGCACUGAGGAGCGAGUAUUGACUUCCUAGUGUCUUAGACCAACAGGCAGUAGGAUGAAGCAGGAGUCUUGCUGCAUGUUCCCGACUCAAGGGGCUUCAGUCCACUUAAAUCAUUACCCCCCACCCCACCCUGCUCCCCUGGGCCCAGCUUGGACUUUUUGUUUUGCUUACAGGAACAAAUGUGACGGGGAAAUGUUUCAGAAGAGCUUCUCCCCAAGUGGAACACAGUCCACAAUUGUUGUAUUGGAAAUGGAUUGAAAAGGUUCUGUCAUCCAAUUGGAAUCAAGAUUAACACAGAGGACACAUUGAUGGGGAUCAUAUAUCAUUUCUACUGCCAUUUCAAAAUCAAAACGCUUCGCUGCCCCAGUUUUGAUCUCGUGUUGGAUGUCUCUUCUAUUAGCCCCCUCGCUUCCUGCCCUCCAACUUGUCUCGCAUUUGUUUACGCACCUUCGAAUGGACAAGCUGAAGACACCAUUUUAAUUCUUGUACUCUUGACUCUGAGCUCACAGAAUGGUCCUCACUGCCCAUCAGCCAUUCAAUAACCUCCUCGUGUGCACGGUCAAUAUUUUGUAAAAUAGAAGAAUACAAUAAUAUAUUAAGAUACAGCUAUAGCAUUUAAGUACAAAAUGUAUAGAAACUCAGACUAGUGUCUUGCUAAAUUAGUCACCAAAAAGUUUUUUUUUUUUUUAGCUUUUAUGUUGAUUCCAGAAAUAUACCUAUAUUUUACAACACAUGGAAGACAAGUUUUUUUUUUUUUUUUUUAUACAUAAAUUAUAGAAGCGCAGGGCAUCCUGUUUGGAUGCUGUAGUUUUUAAUUGGGUUUUCCCUGCUUUUGAAAUGAGGUGAUAUUUAUUUCAUUGAAGGAGUGUUUUGGAUUCUGACAAUUCAGCUGCCACGUGAUAAUCAGUGGUUUGGACACGCUUAUGGUGGUGGAGUGACAAGUCUAUGCACACGCACACAGAAUAGCGGUCCAAAACAAGCACCAUCAAUCCAAACUCAAAGCCCCCCGCCACACACACACACACACGCACACACCUUUCCUCCCUUGACCUACAAACACUCCCCUACCUCUCCUUACAAGACACUCAUACAUAAAACACUGUCACACUUGUGUAUAGUUGCUCAGAGAUUCUGGCUUUCAGGGUUCCCUUUUCUCAACUGCGCCUUGGUGUUGUUAGUAAUCACAAUUGACUCGCAUUUUAUUCUGUCAGCAGCUUUUCUUCCUGCAGGAUGAACAAAACAAAGGACUGUCAGAAAACAAAUGUUUUCUUUCUUUUGAUAUUUCUGCUGUUUGUAAACGUAGCUGAUGCUCAAGAGUGCCGAGUUGAUUGUGUUCCUUCAUAGCUGAAACCGAUGCUUUUCUAUUCAUUCAAAUGUUCACUGCAUUACAAGUAGAUCCGUUCAGGUUCAAUCUAACUAGACCAGCGGUACUCAUCCGUUAUGAAGUUUUUUCUAUUGGACACAGCUCACCAUUACACACUAGUGUUCAAAAUAAUAGCAGUCCGGUGUGACUAACCAUAUUAAGCCAUGUUUUCAGUAUAUUUUUCUACUGCUACAUGUCAAAUUAGUUACCAACCACCAAGACUUAGCAUUCAUGACAUACACACUCUUAAAGUUGUGCAAUUGGGCAACUUAUCAAAAGGGGUGUGUUCGAAAAAAGUGUGGCAUUCAAUCAGGGAGGUCAUCAAUUUUGUGAAAAAACACGUGUGAAUCAGGUAGCCCCUAUUUAAGAAUGAAGCCGGCACCAGUUGAACAUGCAUUUCUCCUUGAAAGCCGUCAUCACAUUGUUCAGAAGAAUAGAGUACUUUGAUCAAAAGUUUGAUUGGAGAGGGGAAACCUUAUAAAGAGGUCCAAAAAAUGAUCUCUAAUACCUUAAAAUGAAGAGCAAAACUGAGCCUGACAAAAAAGGUUGUCGGCAGCAACCCACGAACAUGUUGGUGCACACCAACAGUGAGGGAUGCUGUCAAGCUGAAAAAGGAGUCCUAUUGAGCAUUUCUGGCCUGUUGGAGUCCCGAGGCAGCUGAUAGGUACCGGCAGGCCAAGCGGAAUACGGCUUAAGUGGUUGCUGAGGCAAAAACCCUGGUGUGGGAGGAGUUUGGUGUGGCCAUGUAGAACAACUUCAGGAUGGCUUCGAGGAAAUUCUGGUCCACCGUCCGGUGUCUCAGGAGGGCGAAGCAGUUCACCCUCAACACUGUAUAGUGGGACAGGGCGUUGCUGACCUCAACUUGGGAUGUUGUGAGUCGGUGGGGAGAAUACUUCAAAGACCUCCUCAAUUCCACCAACACGCCUUCCCACAAGGAAGCUGGGUGCUCUAAAGUGGGCUCUGCUAUCUCUGGGGUUGAGGUCACAGAGGUGGUUAAAAACCUCCUUGGUGGCAGGGCAGAGGAUGAGAUUCGCCCGGAGUUCCUAAAAGCUCUGGAUGUUGUGGGGCUGUCCUGGUUGACAUGCCUCUGCAACAUCGCGCGGACAUGGGGACAGAGCCUCUGGAUUGGCAGACUGCGUUGGUGGUCCCCCUUUCCAAGAAGGGUGACCAGAGGGUGUGUUCCAAAUAUAGAGGGAUCACACUCCUCUGCCUCCCUGGUAAGGUCAACUCUCGGAUUCAGGAGGAGCAAUGUGGUUUUCAUCCUGGCCGUGGAACAGUGGACCAGCUCUACACCCUUGGCAGGAUCCUCGAGGGUGCAUGGGAGUUCGUCCAACCAGUCUACAUGUGUUUUGUGGGCUUGGAGAAGGCAUGCGAUUGUGUCCCUUGGGUAUUCCUGUGGGGGGGGUUCUUCAGGAUUAUUGGGUACCAAACCCCCUGAUAUGAGCUGUUUGGUCCCUGUACAACCACUGUCGGAGUUUGGUAAACAUUGCUGGUAAUAAGUUGGACGCGUUUCUUAUGAGAGUUGGACUCUGCCAAUGCUGCCCUUUGUCACCGAUUUUGUUUAUAACUUUUAUGGACAGAAUUUCUAGGCGCAGCCAAGGCGUUGAGAGUGUCCGGUUUGGUGGCCUCAGCAUCGCAUCUCUGCUCUUUGCAGAUGAUGUGGUUCUGUUGGCUUCAUCAAGCGAUUCGCAGCAGAGUGUGAAGUGGCUAAGAUGAGAAUCCGCACCUCCAAAUCCGAGACUAAGGUCCUCGGUCGGAAAAGGUGGGCGUACCCUUCUAGGUCGGGGAUGAGAUCCUUCCUCAAGUGGAAGAGUUCAAGUAUCUUGGGGUCUUGUUCACGAGUGAGUGAAGAAUGGACCGGGAGAUCGACAGACGGAUCGUUGCAGCUUCCAGAGUGAUGGGGACUUUGUAUCGGUCCGUUGUGGUAAAGAGAGAGCUCAGUGAAAAGGCAAAGCUCUCAAUUUACCAGUCAAUAUACGUUCUUACCCUCACCUAUGGGCAUGAGCUGUGGGUCAUGAUCGAAACAACAAGAUCCCGGAUACAAGCGGCUGAAGUGAGUUUCUUCCGCAGGGUGUCCAGGCCCUCCCUUAGAGAUAGAGUGAGAAGCUCGUUCAUCCAGAAGGGGCUCAGUGUCGAGCCGCUACUCCUCCACAUUGAGAGGAGCCAAAUGAGGUGGCUGGGGCAUCUCAUUCGGAUGCCACCUGGACGCCUCCCUGGUGAGGUGUUCCGGGCAUGUCCCACUGGAAAGAGACCCCGAGGACGACCCAGGACACGCUGGAGAGACUAUGUCUCUCGGCUGGCUUGGGAACGCCUCUGGAUCAGCUGGAAGAAGUGCCUGGGGAAAGGGAAAUCUGGGUAUCCCUGCUGAAGCUACUUCCUCCGUGACCUGACUUGCAAAAGCAAUAGCUGAUGGAUGGAUGGAAGAGCAAAACCAGAGUCCUGUGGCAGAAAACAGAAGACAACCAUCAAAAUGGAUUGGAGAAUAACCAGAAUGGCAAAGGCCCAGCCAAUGAUCAGCUGAAGGAUGAUCAAAGACUGUCUGGAGUUACCAGUAAGUACAGCCAAAUAUUAGUGAUUCAAAGGAUUGGUAAAUCCUACAAACAAAAUGUUUUUGUACAAAAUUGUUUGGGGUUUGUAGUCAAUGGCAGACUAUUUUGUUUUUAACACACCCUUUUUCAACAAAAUUCCCAACUGCCCAGCCUUAAGAGUGUGUACUGUGUCAUGAAUGCUGGGUCUUGUUGGUUUUCUGAAAAUCCAGUGCACCUACUGGUAACUUGAUUGACAUGUCGCUAUCAAAUAAAUGCACUGAAAAUGUGGAUUUAUCAGGUUGGUCAUAUUGCACUGCUAUUAUUUUAAACACUAGUGUUAACUGAGGGGUGUAACAUCUUGAGUGGCACACUGACACACACCUCAUGACACAUCAGUGUGACUGAUGUGGAGAGACACUAGUUUGCGUGACAUCCACACAACAAUGCCACACACAAAACCAAAACAAAGCUGUGUGUCAGCUGUGUGUGUACAUGAGAAUGUAUCAAGCGCUGGUGGCUGUACAGGCGUGUGCUUGUGAAUCUUUUUUGUUUUCCCCUCCGUAGAGAUGGGUGCCAAGCGGUUUCGUUUUAGAUCUCUCACAAGGGGCUGCACUUGUGCUUUUGUUGAUUUUCCCCUCAUUUGUUUCCCACCUGUUAAAAAAGCUCUUUGAAGCUGUCUCUCAGACAAGUGUGUAGCUGUACAUAGAGCCAUUACCUGUAAUGACAAGUGUUCCUUGUUCAGCUGGACUUUUUUUUUUCCCCCAGAGCGUUUUAUUGUUGUAGAUUUUAAAGGAGAAUUAAAUUAGACAAACCAGCCAUAU